GUUAGAGUGCAGUGGCACGAUCUCAGCUCACUGCAGCCUCUGCCUCCCAGGUUCAAGGAAUUCUCAUGCCUCACCCUCUCCAGCAGCUGGAAUUACAGGCAUCAGUGUUUUUCUGACCGAAGUUCUCAUUUCCUGACAAUGGAAAUGGAACAAGAAAAAAUGACCAUGAAUAAGGAAUUGAGUCCAGACGCGGCUGCUUACUGCUGCUCGGCCUGCCACGGCGACGAGACCUGGAGUUACAACCACCCCAUCCGGGGCCGGGCCAAGUCUCGCAGCCUGUCUGCCUCGCCCGCCCUGGGGAGCACCAAGGAGUUCAGGAGGACACGCUCUCUUCAUGGGCCAUGCCCGGUGACCACUUUUGGACCAAAGGCCUGUGUGCUGCAGAACCCCCAGACCAUCAUAGCCACUCCUUUGUCACUUGCAUCUCAGCUGCUGCCUUUACCAGCCGUCAGUCACUCGGGCCAGGGCGGGGUCACCGGACAGGUGCAUGUUCUGCCUCAGCCCUCAGACCAGGGCGUACUCGGUGGUCCCCGAGCUGCCCGAGGUCAGACAGCCCCACAGGAGGAAGCGGUGACCCAGGAAGAGGUCGAGGCGCUGGUUUGUGGUCACACAGAGCGGUGGGUGCCUGGGCCGGUGUACGACGCUGCUGCCGGUGGCUCUGGCUGGGCUCAGCUGAGCCUCAGGGCUGGAAUGGGUGCAGGCGGGGCCACUGGGCACAUUCAGGACCCCGCGAGCCAGCGGCUGACGUGGAACAAGUCCCCAAAGAGCGUCCUUGUCAUCAAGAAGAUGAGAGAUGCCAGCCUACUGCAGCCGUUCAAGGAGCUCUGCACGCACCUCAUGGAGGAGAACAACAUGAUCGUGUAUGUGGAAAAGAAAGUGCUAGAAGACCCUGCCAUCGCCAGUGAUGAAAGCUUUGGGGCAGUGAAGAAGAAAUUCUGUACCUUUCGAGAAGAUUAUGAUGACAUUUCCAAUCAGAUAGACUUCAUCAUCUGCCUGGGGGGAGACGGGACGCUGCUGUACGCUUCCUCGCUUUUCCAGGGCAGCGUCCCUCCGGUCAUGGCCUUCCACCUGGGCUCCCUGGGCUUCCUGACCCCAUUCAGCUUUGAGAACUUUCAGUCCCAAGUUACUCAGGUGAUAGAGGGGAACGCAGCUGUUGUUCUCCGGAGUCGGCUGAAGGUCAGGGUGGUGAAGGAGCUCCGGGGGAAGAAGACGGCCGUGCACAACGGGCUGGGUGAGAACGGCUCGCGGGCUGCAGGCCUGGACAUGGAUGUCGGGAAGCAGGCCAUGCAGUACCAGGUCCUGAAUGAGGUGGUGAUUGACAGAGGCCCCUCCUCCUACCUGUCCAACGUCGAUGUCUACCUGGACGGACACCUCAUCACCACGGUGCAGGGCGACGGAGUGAUCGUGUCCACCCCGACGGGCAGCACGGCGUAUGCGGCCGCGGCCGGGGCCUCCAUGAUCCACCCCAACGUGCCGGCCAUCAUGAUCACGCCCAUCUGCCCCCACUCGCUGUCCUUCCGGCCCAUCGUGGUCCCCGCAGGGGUCGAGCUGAAGAUCAUGCUGUCACCUGAAGCAAGGAACACAGCAUGGGUGUCCUUUGAUGGACGGAAGAGACAAGAGAUCCGCCAUGGAGACAGCAUCAGCAUCACUACCUCAUGCUACCCGCUCCCCUCCAUCUGUGUGCGGGACCCCGUGAGCGACUGGUUUGAGAGCCUCGCCCAGUGCCUGCAUUGGAACGUCCGGAAGAAGCAAGCCCACUUCGAGGAGGAGGAGGAGGAGGUGGAGGAGGGCUAGGUCAAGCCCCUAUCUAGGCCCGAAUCCUUCUGCCCUCCAAGCGCCCUCUGGGGACAGACCAAUCUGUGUGUGUCUGUGACCACCUGUCUCAGUGGCACAGCCACUUCCUUUCUGUAGCUGGGUUAGAGCCUGGGUCUGCCUUUUGUCCAGAUCAGCUGUUUUUUUAAAAUGUCUGACUUUUUUUGCAUUUCUAAAGAAGCGUGAGAAAUGGGCUGGGAGUGCUUCUGUCCUGCUGACACCCCAUGGUGGGUCCCCAGAGCGCGGCCUCCAGCUGCAGCAUUUUCCAUGCCAGGAUAUUUUUCCGCACAUCAGUCGGUUAAAAUUCAGAGGAGUCAGAAUGACUCGGCCUGUCCUUCAAUGUUGAAAAUAAAUGUCUCCGCCAAAAACCUUCCUUGAGCUGCGAUGCUUUUCCCCUUGACCUGCACCUCUUCCCCUAAAACUUCUGCAGGGAAGCCCCUGGCGGAGGCGCCGUUGAAAGCAUGGUCUUGCCGGUGGCUGGCAAGGCGGUUUUGUUCUGCUCAGUUUCUGGAGAGGGUUGGAUGCGUCCCCUGCCAUCCAGCCCUCCCCGCUUGAGGCCAGCACUGAGUCUGGGACCCUCAGCGGGAAGGGGGCUGGCAUCGCCAGCGACCCACACAUUCCUCAUGUAGCUUCUGCUCCCAGGAAGGUGGUUUAAAUCCUGUAUAUACUUUUUAGAGACUCUUUUAAACUUUCUGAAGUGCUGAUGUACAUACUUUCUUGUACACACUUUUGUGAAGAUUUCAAGGGGAAGGGAGUCGUCUGCCAUUAAAUGUUUACAUUUAUGUUCUGCAAGACGCUGUCCUCAGGGACCAUUCGGGGACCAUUCUGUUCAGUGCGAUCCUGAUGGUCCGGGAGAUGAGGGUUUCCGGGGCUAGUGAUCGUGAUCCCUUUUAUUUUGCAACUGUAAUGAGAAUUUUUGACACUAACACAGCGAGGGACUCAACACGCUGAUUCUCCUCCUGCCUCUCCCGUGAGUCUCCAGCCUGCCCAGCACCAGCAGCUGUGGAGCAUGUGGAUGCUGUGUACCCCGGCGCCCGCGUCUUCCACGGGCACAGGUGCGUGGAGGCUGUGGUCGGACCCUGGGGUCCUGGUUACUGCUGCCCGGGUGUCUUUUUUUUUGAGUAACUGCUCUCUGAGUUUUGCACACGAAGUUGCCCUCAUCUGCUGGAGAUUGAUAAGGAAGGCACAAGACGUUCUCCUCUGCCCGUGAGGAGCUUCCCGCAGCCGCCUGGCCCAGCCUGGGCACGUUCUCCGAGGCAUGUGUCUCCCUGCUCACCCUCGUCUGGGCACCUCAGCAUCUGCGGACUUGAGCGUCCAAAAACCCUGAGUGUGAUUCUGGGCAGCGGGCCUGGCUUGAAGUCCGCCAUGACCCUGGGCACAGGGGAAGCCCAGCCGUGGGCUUAGGAGAGAGGGACCAGCGCCCAGCGUUAGGGCUGCAAGACAGCAGUGUUGAGAAUUCCAGCCGCUCGUCUGAACACAAAAGGUGUGAACUGAGCUGUAAAGCAGCGUGAGACGGGAAUGGUCUAGAAAACUUUGGAUUUUUGAAGUAAAUUUUAAUGUUUCAUAUUAAUUUCUUGAAAAUUGAUUAAAUGUCACUGAAAGCCUUAUUACGCUUUUCAGAUCCUUUCAAUAAACAAGACUUGUAGAAAAUAA